AUGUACGCUCGAUUUCGCCCACGCUCCAAGUUCUACAAGCGUCCCGAGCGGCCCCUGCGCGCGUACAACGUGAAUCCCAACUUGCUGCGACGCCCCAAGGUGAAGCCGGGCCUUCUGAGUGGCACGUACAGCGACGAGAAGGUUGACCUGCGCGACCGCGACCGGCUUGAGCUCCUAGAGUCGCUGCGCCACCCUAGGGAGCGCGACUUCUACCAGGACCACACGUACCACAACCAGUGGAUCCGCCGCGACCUGGAGAAGCACCAGAAGCAGCAGCUGUCAGCGCGGUACCGCUACUUCGCGCCAGAUUACGUCAUCACGCCGUGGAUUUGGUACCCCGGCGACAUGGUGGAGGUGGUGAGCGGCGAGGGCGCCGGCCAGCGCGGCACUAUCAUUGCAGUGGUGAAGUACAAGAACGAAAUCAUUGUGCAGAACAUCAACGUGCAGGAUGUUGUGAUACCCGCGACGGAUACGCGGCCCGAGCAGGUGGUGCAGCGGGAGCACCCGAUCAGCGUCACGCGUGUGCAGCACGUGGACCCGUCGACGAACAACCCGUGCCACCUCGACGUGGUGAAGGUGCGCAACAAGGAAACUGGUGAGCUGGAGGAGAAGCGCAUGAGUCUUGAAAGCGGUGUGCUGCUGCCAAUCCCGCCGCUCGACAGCAACAUGGAGGUGGGUGACCCGCUGAAGGACACGGCGAUUCAGGACGCCGACGAGGAGACAUACGACCGUGAGGCGGAGAUGGCGGUGUUGGUGGAGCGUCGUCUCCGCGCGAUGGAGGACUACUUCGUGNGACCGUGA